AUGUCUUUAUUAAUUCAAGGUCCGAAACAACCUGGUAAUGAGAUUGAUGUGUAUUUCUCUCCUUUAACUGAUGACUUGAAAACAUUAUGGAGUCCGGGAUUUGUAGUUCAUGAUGGGUAUAUGAAUGAAAAUUUUCGAUUACGGGCCAUGGUUUUUUGCACUAUCAGUGAUUUCCCGGCCUAUGGGAACUUGUCGGGGUAUGGUACAAAAGGGUCUAAGGCGUGUCCCAUUUGCCAUGAUAACACAUGUUCAAGAUGGUUGAAAUACUGCAAGAAAACAGUGUAUAUGGGCCAUAGAAGAUCACUUCCACCUGAUCACCCAUAUCGUAACAUGGGUAAUCUGUUUGAUGGCUAUAGUGAGUACGGAAGUCUACCCCCACCACCAGAUGGAGAAACUGGAAAACCAAAGACGGAGUUAAUGUUCGAUAUGAAAAUACGACCGAAGCUUGCUCCACAGGAGAAUAGUGAUGGGAAGCGAACAUAUCUGCCAGCAGCCUGUUAUACCUUGUCCAAAGAUGAAAGAACUUCUUUUUGCAAAUGCUUAAAUGGUGUUAAGGUCCCAUCAGGAUAUUCUUCGAACGUUAAAAGGUUGGUUUCGAUGAAAGACAACAAGUUGAUUGGUAUGAAGUCCCACGAUUGCCAUGUUUUGAUGACACAAAUGAUUCCUAUUGCAAUUCGUGGAAUACUUCCGGAACACAUCCGUUAUACAAUAACAAAACUAUGUUUGUUCUUUAACUCUAUCCAUUCAAAAGUGAUUGAUCCCGAAGCGUUGGAUACUUUGCAACAUGAUGUUAUCGUCACUCUGUGCCAACUUGAAAUGUACUUCCCACCUUCAUUUUUUUAUGUCAUGGUUCACCUCGUAUCUCAUAUUGUAUAUGAAAUUAAGGCUUGCGGUCCGGUCUUUCUACGAUACAUGUACCCGUUUGAGAGGUAUAUGGGUAUCUUAAAAAAGUAUGUAAGGAACAGAGCUCGACUAGAAGGAAGCAUUGUUGAAGGUUAUGCUUCCGAGGAGAUUCUUGAAUUUUGUAAUGAUUACCUAAGAGGCUCAAAAAGUAUUGGACUCCCAGAGCGUCGACACAGGGUAGACUGUCAGGGGCUGACAAACAGGAGGAAGAGUGACAAAUUUUUGGCCAUUGAACACAACACAUUUGAAUCAUGGUUAAAAUAUAGAGUAAGUAGGUCAGAAAAUGUGGAUGAAGAAGUGAAAUGGUUGGCAUACAGUCCGAGUGAGAGGGUUACAAAAUAUCAAGGUUAUGAUAUAAAUAGCUAUACAUUUUAUACGAAACAACAAGAUGCAAAGAGUACAAUGCAAAACAGUGGAGUGACGCUAAUAGCUACAACCACAGGAUUCUCCACGAGGUCGUCGAUCGCAAAGGAUUCCUAUUAUGGUGUUAUCGAAGAAAUUGUAGAACUUGAUUAUAAUGCCUUUAGUAUACCCAUGCUCAAGUGUAAGUGGGUGGAAAACCGACGAGGUGUCAAAGUCGACAAUUUUGGUAUCACAACAGUAGACCUUUCCACAAAUGGCUAUGCAUCAGAACCGUUCAUCUUAGCUAAGCUAGCCACCCAAGUAUUCUAUAUCGAGGACCCGAGUAACUCUAGAUCGCAUGUCGUUCUCCAUGGUAAACGACGUAUUCUUGGUGUCGAGAACGUUGUUAAUGAAGAAGAAUACGAUCAACUUGAUGAGUUGCCCCCAUUUUCUACCGAUACUCAAUCAACAAUUGUUGUGGCAGAUAAUACCAUAUACUUGAGAUCCGACCAUGAUGAAGGAUUAUGGAUUGACAAUCCUCGCUCUACUUGA